UAUUCGCCUGGUAGCAUCCCCUUGGGGUAGGGAUUCAAAAUUGUACAAAUGAUGGGGCUGACCCCCUGGGGGCUUAGGGGCGGGGUCAAAUUGGCCACUUUCCAAUUCAGCGCCACCUGGCGGAUCAUAAUCCAAGAUGGCGGCGUAUGGUGUGUCCGUGUCACAGCACAUGUUUUUAGUGUUUUAUCAGCGCAAAUUAGACUUUUUCCAGAAAAUCUUCGUGCUUAAAUGCGUAUAUAGAUACAAAAUGCCUCAUCACUGCUGUGUGCCACAUUGUACAAAUAAUUCCAAGACAAAAGAUGGUUACUCUUUUCAUACAUUCCCUAAAGACCCUUCAGUGGCAAAAAAGUGGGUGAUUGCUAUACGCAGAGAUCAAGGUGCAGAUUUUAAUAUCAACAAAGAGACAAGAGUAUGCUCCGUUCACUUUAACGCAGACUCUUACCAUCCUACCACUGCUAUUCAUGUUCGAAAACGUUUGCGAGGGAGUGCUGUACCAUCAGUAUUUCAAUGGACUGUACAGAAACCCGUCAGAAGGAAACUGCCUUCUCAUGAAAAGUCCAAAUUGUGGAAAUGUAGAAUCCAACAAUACAAGUUUCCCAGAAAAAACAUGUUUUGGAAAGCUGUAAUAAUGAUUGUGAUGAACCUUUGCUUGUAGACCAGCCUUUUAGUA